AUGGGGGACUGGAGUUCUCUGGGUAAGCUGCUGGAGAAGGCUCAGGAGCACUCCACGGUUGUUGGAAAAGUCUGGCUGACUGUUCUCUUCAUCUUCCGUAUUCUGGUUCUCGGGGCGGCGGCUGAGAAAGUUUGGGGCGAUGAACAGUCGGGCUUUACCUGCGAUACGAAACAGCCCGGUUGUCAGAAUGUCUGCUAUGACAAAACCUUCCCCAUCUCCCACAUCCGCUUCUGGGUGAUGCAGAUCAUCUUUGUCUCCUUGCCGACGCUCAUCUACCUGGGCCACAUCCUGCACCUGGUGAGGAUGGAGGAGAAGCAGAAGCAGAAGAGGGAGCGGGAAAAUUCUGAAUUUUCAGAGAAACAGGUGCUAAUUCAGGCCGGAAAAGCCAAGAAGCCUCCGGUACUGGAUGAAAAGGGGAGGAUCCAUCUGCAGGGGGCGCUGCUGCGCACCUACGUGCUGAACGUCAUCUUUAAGACUUUGAUGGAGGUGGGCUUCCUGGUGGCACAGUACUUCCUGUAUGGAUUCCAGCUGAAGCCCAUGUACACAUGCAGCAGCUGGCCGUGUCCGAACACAGUCAACUGCUACAUUUCUCGCCCGACCGAGAAAACCAUCUUCAUUCUGUUCAUGCUGGCUGUGGCCUGCGUGUCGCUGCUGCUGAACCUGGUGGAGAUGUACUACCUGGGCUUCACCAAGUGCAGGCAGGGGCUCCGAUAUCGAUGUUCCCAUGCCCGAAAACACACCGAACUCCCCAGUGACAACACUGUGGUACCCUUUGUGGCCAGUUUCCCCUACUUCCCCUCUCACCCGCCCGAGCACCAGUACAAGAUCCAGGACAUCGAUGCCACAUUCCCCGCCUACAAGCAGAACCGGCAGAACCUUGCUGUGGAGCGUGGCGGAGGCAGGCCUGUUACCACAGAUACCAUGGAAACCAAGCCGGACACAACGGCCAUGGAGACCAAACCUGACGCUGUCGUCACAGAACCCACAAGAGUGAAGAAGACCUCAAGUUCCGCCCCAGGAUCCCCCUACAACCAGCGCCGGCCUAGCUACGCCAGUCGCUAUAGCAACAACAAGACCAGGCUAGAUGACCUGAAGAUAUGA